CUGUAGAAUUCUUGUAAAGGGGGAGACGAAGAAGAAUACCAAGCGACAUGUAUACCACGAACACUAUGUCUAUUGUACGAUGAGGGGAUCGAAGUGAAUAUUGAAGUGGAUGUUUCGAUGUUUGGAAACCUGUUGAAAUGGCCGGAGUGGUCUAGACUCCGGAAACGUCCUCGGCUUGUUGUCGGCAAAACCCGGGGAAAAAUCACCGGAGUUGGCGCAAUGGUUGCUGCAUGCCGCGAGUGGGCGAACGGGUGUUUCGAGUUGGCAAUUGCAUUCUUGUACACCAUACAGCGGUGACUCGACUGUUAUGUCUCUUUCCGAGCAAUCUGUCACUACCAUUAUCCUCAAUUCGCCUCCAAAUUCAUAGCAACGUCGACAACCCCUCUUGUGCUUACACAGCUAUCUUCUCUUCCUCAACAUCAACUCCCAGUCUACCCACAUGUGUCGCUUUGUCAUCUACAAAGGAACUUCUCCCGUGCAACUGUCCCACCUUCUCACUCGACCUUGCCACUCCAUCAUUAAUCAGGCCUUCGACUCCAGGCUACGGUUGGAUCAUAGGCGACCUAUAAAUGGAGAUGGGUUUGGAGUUGGUUGGUACGAUUGCAUGCAUGACGAAGAACUUGGAUGCCAGCCAUGCAUAUUCACUUCCGUAACACCGGCUUGGAACAAUGUCAAUCUAGUACGAUUGACGGAGAAGAUCAAGUCUCCACUAGUCUUUGCCCAUGUUCGCGCUACGACUGCUGGUUCACUAUCGUUGGAUAACUGCCAUCCGUGGCACUUUGGGAAGCUGAUGUUUAUGCACAACGGAGGCAUAGCAGAGUUUCCGAAGAUCAAGCGACGUCUACAGACAUACUUGUCGGACGAGCUCUUCAACUUUGUCACCGGAAAUACAGAUUCGCAAUGGGCCUUUGCACUGUUCCUGUCCAAGCUACCGGACCCUCAUGCCAAUCAGUUCUCGACUCAGGAAUUACGACAAGCCAUGAUCGAAACCAUCGCAUCCAUUAAUGAGAUGACGGAAGCCGUGAAUGCAACCGAGCCGAGUCUCAUGAACUUCUGUGUCACUGACGGAGAGAGCAUAAUUGCUACUCGUUAUAUCAAUUCGCGCCAUGAUGAAGCUGCUUCACUGUGGUUCUCUUCAGGGACAACCUUCAGCGAAUAUGCCGACGGCGGUCAUUACAAGAUGUCGAAGACGGACAAGCGAGAAAACAUUAUCUUGAUCGCGAGCGAACCGUUGACGUUCGAGAAGGCCGACUGGAUGGAGAUCAGGACGAAUCAUAUGGUCGUGGUCACACCGAAGAUGAACUUGCUUCAAGUACCGAUCAUCGACAACUACUACGUCCAACCUUCUGAUCCAGAGUAUGGAGGGCGAGGGAUUGAUUUUGCUGCCGCAAAGGGCUUCCUCAGUUCUCGUAGGGACGUCAACCCCAUACCUGAGACCACUCCCACUGAGACCCAUUCCAUCGCCUUGUAGUUCAUUCAUUCAGCAUUCCUCGGAUGUAUAGUAUCACUAUUGUAGUGUAGAUGUUAUAGUUGUGUAUAGUAGUUGUAUGGUACUCACUCUGGAUGAUAUUUUUUGAACUGAACUUGACA